CUCUGCACGCAUCCCCGCAUCUCUCUCUGCUGCCACCUCUCCCUCUUCCCCCAUUCUUUGUUUGCCAACGCGUGGGAUCGCAACCCAGAACCAAACCCUCGCCCCUCGAUUUCCCCCAAAAUCCAAACCCUAAAAAUCUCAAUCAUCCGAUUCUCAUGACUCUCUCCUCCUCAUGGAUCCAUGUCUCCUUCAUCUCCAUCCCCAUCUCUUUCUCCUCCUCCUUGGCCUCCUUGUCAUCCCUUUGCUUCCCUCAAACCCUAACCCUAACCACCGCUUUGCGACCGCUUCGUCGGAGGUGGACGAUGACCCCUUCUCGAUCGUGAAUCUUGAUCUGACGUGGCAUGAUUACUCGCCGCCAUCGCCACCGCCCCCGCCGGCGUCACCUACUCCGCCGUCAUCUUCCUGCGAGGGGGACAUCGGGGGGGUUGGCUCCUUUGAUACCCUUUGCCAGCUCAAAUCCAGUGUGAACGUUACUGGAGAUAUCUAUAUCAAGGGCAACGGUAGCCUUGUGCUUCUCCCUGGCGUCCUGCUCAGCUGCCCUGUUGCUGGGUGCUUUAUCCUCGCUAACCUCUCUGGUGAUGUUACUAUUGGGAAGGAUGGAGGGAUUGUUGCUGGUGCGGUUAUUUUGGCGGCUAAUAACAUGAGUAUGGCUGAGGGGUCUGUGGUGAACACCACGGCGCUUGCGGGUGAUCCUCCGCCACAGACCAGUGGUGAGCCGUCUGGGUUUAAUGGAGAUGGCGGGGGACAUGGAGGCCGUGGGGCGAGUUGCUAUGUGAAGAAGGACCAGACACCGGAGGAUUCGUGGGGUGGUGAUGCCUAUUCUUGGUCGAGCUUGGCGAAACCUGAUUGCUUUGGUAGUAAAGGUGGUUCGACUAGCCAGGAGAAGGACUAUGGUGGUGGUGGGGGUGGCAGGAUUUGGUUGGAGAUUAAAGACGUCUUAGAGAUUGAUGGGGUUGUUUGCGCUGAUGGAGGUGAAGGUGGUUCCCAUGGAGGAGGAGGUUCUGGAGGGAGCAUCUACAUUACAGCUUCAAAAUUGAAAGGAAAUGGCAAGGUUAGUGCUUCAGGUGGCAAUGGUGUAGCUGGAGGAGGUGGUGGUCGAGUUUCUAUUGACAUUUUCAGCCGGCAUGAUGAUCCAAAAUUUUUUGUUCAUGGUGAGAUUUGGAGUUCUGGCUGUCCAAAUAACAAUGGUGCUGCAGGGACUCUCUAUGAUGCGAUCCCUCGAAGCCUGACUGUUAGCAACCACAACUUGACAACUCAGACUGAUACUCUUCUUUUAGAAUUUCCUUAUCAACCUCUUUGGACCAAUGUUUUUGUGACAAAUUGUGCUAAAGUGGUGGUUCCCUUACUUUGGAGUCGAGUACAGGUCCAAGGACAGCUUAGCCUGCUGUGUGGUGGCAUAUUUAGUUUUGGGCUGACUCAUUAUCCAUACUCGGAGUUUGAGCUCAUGGCUGAAGAACUGCUAAUGAGUGACUCAGUAAUCAGGGUAUUUGGGGCUUUGCGAAUGUCUGUAAAGAUGCUUCUGAUGUGGAACUCCAAAAUUCUUAUUAAUGGGGGUGGGGAUUCAUUAGUGUCGACAUCCUUGCUUGAAGCCAGUAAUUUAAUAGUUCUUAAGGAAUCAUCAGUGAUACGUUCUACUGCAAACCUCGGGGUUCAUGGACAAGGCCUAUUAAAUUUAUCUGGACCUGGAGAUCUGAUUGAAGCUCAGCGUCUAAUUCUGUCACUGUUUUACAGCAUCAAUGUUGGUCCUGGGUCUGUUUUGCGUGGUCCUUUGAUUAAUGCUUCUAGGGAUGAAAUGUCUCCAAAGCUCAACUGUGAACUCGAAGAUUGCCCAAUGGAGUUGGUUAGUCCCCCAGAAGAUUGCAAUGUGAAUUCUUCUCUAGCUUUUACCCUCCAGAUCUGUCGUGUUGAGGAUAUUGAUGUUGCAGGCCUUAUUCAAGGAACAGUCAUUCAUUUCCAUCGAGCGAGAACUGUUGUUGUCCAGUCUUCUGGAAUAAUUAGUGCAUCAGGCUUAGGCUGCAGGGGUGGGGUCGGCCGAGGAGGCGUUUUAAGCAGUGGUCUUGGUGGUGGUGGUGGGCAUGGUGGCAAAGGUGGGCGUGGUUAUUUCAAUGGGACCUAUGUUGAUGGUGGCAUUGCAUAUGGUAAUGCUAAAUUGCCAUGUGAGCUUGGAAGCGGUAGUAGUAAUGAAGACUUAUCUGUUUCGACUGCUGGUGGGGGUAUCAUAGUGAUGGGUUCACAGGAGCACGCGUUAUCAAGUUUGUCUAUUUAUGGCUCAGUUGAGGCUGAUGGUGAAAGUUUUGGAGAAUUAACUAGAAGGCUUGGAGGUUACUUCUAUAAUUUCUUAAUGGGGGGGCCUGGCGGUGGCUCUGGUGGUACAAUUCUUCUUUUUCUACACACUAUGUCCCUUGGUGACUCUUCUAUACUUUCAAGUGUUGGGGGGUUUGGUAGCCACAAUGGUGGUGGUGGUGGAGGUGGCGGAAGGAUUCACUUUCAUUGGUCAGACAUUCCAACAGGUGAUGAAUAUUUUCCAGUUGCAAGUGUGAAGGGAAAGAUAACUACAAGGGGAGGUUUGGGCAUGGAUCAAGGUUCUGCUGGGGAAAAUGGAACAGUUACUGGAAAAGAUUGCCCCAAAGGGCUUUAUGGAACCUUUUGCAAGGAAUGCCCACUAGGAACAUAUAAGAAUAUCACUGGAUCUGAUGAGAACUACUGUUACCAGUGCCCUUCUUAUGAGCUUCCUCGCCGUGCUGUGUAUAUUACUGUUCGAGGUGGUGUUGCUGGAACGCCAUGUCCUUAUAAAUGUGUAUCUGAAAGAUAUCAUAUGCCACACUGCUAUACAGCUCUCGAAGAAUUGAUAUACACUUUUGGUGGCCCAUGGCUGUUUGGUCUUCUUCUUACUGGGCUGCUUGUCUUGUUGGCUCUAGUGUUAAGUGUUGCACGGAUGAAAUUUGUUGGUAAUGAUGAACUUCCUGGUCCUGCGCCAACCCAACAUGGAUCUCAAAUUGAUCACUCCUUCCCAUUUUUGGAGUCGCUGAAUGAGGUUUUGGAAACAAAUAGAGCGGAGGAAUCCCAAAGCCAUGUUCAUAGAAUGUAUUUCAUGGGGCCUAACACUUUCAGUGAACCUUGGCAUCUUCCCCAUUCUCCUCCAGAGCAGAUAACAGAGAUAGUGUAUGAGGAUGCGUUCAAUAGAUUUGUUGAUGAGAUAAAUGCCCUAGCAGCUUAUCAAUGGUGGGAGGGUUCAAUCUACAGCAUUCUUUGUGUGCUUGCAUAUCCUCUUGCAUGGUCUUGGCAGCAGUGGCGUAGGAGAAAGAAAUUACAGCGACUGCGUGAAUUUGUUCGGUCAGAGUAUGACCAUGCAUGCUUACGAUCAUGUCGUUCACGAGCUCUUUACGAGGGACUUAAGGUGGCUGCAACCCCAGAUUUGAUGCUAGCCUAUGUGGACUUUUUCCUUGGUGGGGAUGAAAAGCGACCAGAUCUUCCUCCUCGCCUGCACCAGAGGUUCCCUAUGUGCUUAGUUUUUGGUGGUGAUGGAAGUUACAUGGCGCCCUUUUUCCUUCACAGUGAUAAUGUCCUCACUAGCCUCAUGAGUCAGUCUGUACAACCAACCAUAUGGUACCGGCUUGUGGCUGGGCUGAAUGCACAAUUGAGGCUAGUUCGUCGUGGCCAGCUGAAAGUUACAUUUUUGCCUGUUCUGAGCUGGCUUGAGACUCAUGCAAAUCAAGCUUUGAUCACACAUGGAGUGUGUGUUGAUCUUGCCUGGUUUCAGGCCACUUCGUGUGGUUAUUGUCAGCUUGGACUUGUUGUGUAUGCUGUGGGAGAAUCGGAGCCUACAACUGUUGUUGAUGGUGUUUCUACGAGAUUAUUAAGUGUCAAACAACCUUCUCGUACAUUUAACAUUCAUGAAGAUAAUCUGGGGAAUUUGAGGAACAGGGAAGCUGUUGUUCGGAAACAAAUAAGUGGUGGUGUUUUAGAUAGUCAAAGUUUGCGAAUGCUUGAAGACAAGAGAAAUGUAUGGUACCCAUUUUCACUUAUACUGCACAAUACUAAACCUGUUGGACGCCAGGAUCUUGUUGGGCUGGUCAUCUCAAUGUUACUACUGGCAGAUUUUAGCUUGGUUCUGCUUACUUUACUUCAAUUGUAUUCUUUUUCCAUGGUGGAUGUCUUCUUAGUUUUGUUCGUCCUUCCUUUGGGUCUACUUUCUCCAUUUCCUGCUGGAAUCAAUGCCCUUUUCAGUCAUGGACCUCGACGAUCAGCAGGACUUGCUCGUGUGUAUGCGUUGUGGAACAUUUCUUCCUUGAUUAAUGUUGUUAUGGCCUUUAUAUGUGGGUUUGUACACUACAAGAUGUCAUCUAGUCGGAAGCAUCAAAGUUCUCAGCCAUGGAGUUUGGGCACGGACGAGAGUGGAUGGUGGCUGUUUCCUUCUGGCCUAGUGCUGUGUAAAUGCAUUCAGGCACGUCUUGUCGACUGGCAUGUUGCUAACUUGGAGAUCCAAGACCGUUCUUUGUAUAGCAAUGACCCAAACUUAUUCUGGCAGUCGUAACAAAUUCCGGGUGACUCACCUGAGGUUGCUUGCAACUCUAGUUUUUACUUUUGUUUUAUUUUUCUCUUUUUUUUUUCUUUUUUUGGUGGAGUUGCAAGGGGAAUAGUGAAAGGGGGCCUUAUUUUCGCAACAGGCCUGUGAAAGUCAUUCAUCAUCAUGUAGACUCACCUUCUUUAGAGAAAUUGUGCAGUCAGCAUAUUUCCCUUCACUGUAAAUACAAAGGUCCGCUCCACAUUCUUUGUAGUAAAGUAGUUUUGUUGCAAUGUAUAACCGUGGAUUCUCUAAUUAGUUAAAAA